UCAAUCUUUCUUGUCUCUACUUCUAUUUACUCUUUUGAUCUAUUUCUUCCACGCGACGCAAGAAACUCUGCCACCAUGAAGUUCUCUCCCGUCAUCUUUGCCGUUGCCCAGGUGGCAUCCGCCCACUACUUCUUCGACACCGUGGUUCAAGAUGGUGCCGCCGGGAAGUCUUUCCAGUACAUCCGAGACUUUACCCGUGCCACCAAGUACAACCCGAUCAAAUUCUCAAACAACCCUGCUGUUGACAUUCGCGACGGGUCUUACAUUGACGGCCCCGAUAGCAGAUGCAACCAGGGAGCUUUCACCAACGCCGCCAAGACGCAGGUACUCGACGUCACUGCGGGAAGCGACGUUACGGUGAAGCUUGGCGUGGGCGCUACCAUGCAGCACCCUGGACCCGCCCUUUACUACAUGUCGAAAGCCCCAGAUGGCAGUGUCAAGGACUACGAUGGCUCAGGUGACUGGUUCAAGAUUGGCGAGACGGGCGUUUGCACCCAGAGUGGCGACUUCACCAAAGAUGCUUGGUGCACUUGGGAAAAGAACACUCUCACCGCUACCAUUCCCAAGGAUACGCCCUCCGGCGAGUACCUCCUGCGCUUUGAGCACAUUGGUGUCCACAAGUCGUUUGACCACGAGCCUGAGCACUUCGUAUCUUGUGUCCAGGUCAAGGUCACAGGAGGCGGCAACGGCACUCCCGGCCCGCUGGUCAAGUUCCCUGGCGCCUACAAGUACACCGACCCUUAUGUGAGCUUCAGCCUCUACAACGGAUACAAGGCUUUCCCAAUGCCCGGCCCUGCUGUGUGGACCGGUGGAUCGAGCGAGGUCAACAGCACCUCUGCUGAUGAGGUGACGGUCCCUAGCAACCUGCCUUCGACGACCCUAAUCAGCGCUACUCGUCCUGCCACUCACUCUGCUACUCCCAGCGCAAAGGCUACUGCCCCAUGCGCCAAGCGCCGCCACUAAUGUGCCUGCUUGUCAGCAACACUAGGUGUCACGAAUCAGCAUAUAGAGUAGCUGAGCCCCUUUUGUAUGCCCAUACCCCUGUCUACCCCU